AACUAGGCGGGGUGUGACGUAAUUUCCGUAUAUUGGCAAAAAAAAUUUAGCUGAGCCUUGAGGCAGUAUGGAGUUUCCUGACUUGGGAAAACAUUGUUCCGAAUCAACUUGCAAACAGCUUGAUUUCCUGCCUUUAAAAUGUGAUGCAUGUGAGCAGAUCUUCUGCAAAGAUCAUAUUACAUAUGCCCUGCAUAAAUGCACUUCUGCAUACAAAAAGGAUGUACAAGUUCCAGUUUGUCCUCUUUGCAAUACUCCUAUCCCAGUAACUCGAGGACAGACUCCUGAUAUUGUAGUUGGAGAACAUAUUGAUCGGGACUGCAAAUCUGACCCAGCACAACAGAAGCGCAAGAUUUUCACCAACAAGUGUGGAAAGCCAGGCUGUCGGCAGAAAGAACUUAUAAAAGUUAUAUGUGAUGAUUGCCAAGGAAACUUCUGUCUCAAGCACAGACAUCCACUUGAUCAUGAUUGCAAUGGAAAGAAUGCUCACAUUUCCAAGGCAGGAAAUGCAGCAUUGAUGAGAGCCCAUGGCUCCUCUGCAAAGACGUCUGCACCAUCAAGCUUUCCAGCCCCAAAACCAGCUCCACAGCGUAACAGAACAAGCGUCUCUAAUCCUCAGCCCCCAGCUGCAGCAGCAUUGCAGAAUGGCUUGACAGAAGAGGAGGCGCUUCAAAGAGCAUUGGAAAUGUCACUUGCAGAAGCAGCAAGGAACACACAGCAGCACAGCUCUCAAGAGGAAGAGGAUCUGGCUUUAGCACGAGCACUGUCAGCUAGUGAAGAAGAGUACAGAAGGCAACAGACGGGACAGAACCGUGAAGCCAAGCAGAGCACCUGCAGCGUGUCCUAGCCAAGAAAUGAAGGACUGGUUUCUCCGUAUCUCAGCUGGAUCUUCCCUCACCAGCCAAGGACACAGAAUCUACAAUGCAGAACAAUCUUGUACUUCAUAUACCGCUGAUUGGUUAAGUAAAUCAUGUAUCAACCAUUUACUGGCUAUUGUGCUACCCAUAAUAACCAUGGGAUUUUAUGUUUUAACAUGACUGCAGUUUAGACCUAUAGCUGGGGAUUCUGAAAACCCUCUAGACCAAAGAUUACAGAAAUUUGUGAAUGAAGUAAAUGUUUGUAAAGCAGCAACAACACCAGAGUUUGAUAGCUGCUAAUCUAAUUAGCAAGUUCAUACUGUUUCAUUCCAAACUAGAGGUAGAAGGAACAUUUACAUCAUCUGUAUAGGUAACAAAUUCCUUAUGGUGCUAAGAUCCUAUAGUCUAGCAGCGGCUAUUGCAUAUUGAUCAUACUUUGUAUAUUUGGUAAACUGGUUAUUACAGUGUCUUAUUGAGUUGAUUGUACAAAAAAAGAUCUAAAUUUCAUGGUGGACUAUGCUUUUAAAAUGUGCAUGUAGAUUUUAUUGUAUUAUAAUGCCUAUUACAGUCAUUCAGUAAAAAGUACAAGAAUAUACCCGCAUUGUAUUCAGGAGUAACUGAAGUAUAAGCUUAUAAGCUGCUAAUAAGAGGGCUGACUGAUAACCUUGUCAUUUAAAAUUUUUGACUAAAGAUAUUUAAGCAAAAACAAAACAAUUAAACACUUGUAUAAGUAAUAUUGAAUGAUGCAUGCCAGAUUAAUUUAUUACGGUUAUUAUAUUUAGUUUUAAUACUUCUCACAGGAGACGCAUUUUAUUAUGUUUUUUUGUUUUUGUUUUUUUUUUAAUUAUGUCACUGAAAACUGUUUCACCAAAGUGGGUUAAAGGGAGCGGCUUACACUUGAAUGUGCAUUCCCCUUCUCUGAUAGCUUCAGUUUAGGUAAGAUCUGUAGUGAUCAAAAUGACUUUCCCAUAGCUGUGUGUUGUCUCAGCUGCCUAACCUUAUUUUUGGGAACAGGUUUAUUGUAACUCUUUAACGUGUAGUUGAGAAGUAGUGAGAGUCUCUAAUCACUAUAAUCAUAUGGACAUCAAGUUGUUUGUAGUUUCAGCCUCCCUAUGCCUAAACCUGUUGUCCUCUGUAACUGCAUUUCUAUUAUCUGUUCAAGAGCAGUUGUAACUAAUUCUCUCAGAAUAUGCUGCAGUGACACUCAUUUUGCUUCUGAGAAGUGGUCAUGCUGCUUGUAUAGAUAAGAUAACCAUGCUUUUUACUGAUUAGCAUCCAUCCUACUGCCAACUGCACUCAAUAGAAGCACCGCAUAGGGGAACAGAGUAUUUAGUAUGUGUUUUUAAAACAAUGUGCUGCUGUUUUUCACAGGUUCUGUGAGUGUUAUAAUGCCUAUAUUUUAUAAUAAAACUUUCCGUCAAUACUGUGAUAAUUGGUGAGGCCUGAGAAAUACAAGCUUUCUCUUCUUAGUUUUCUUGAGAAAAUCUGCAUCUACAUUUUAUUAUUGUGUUUUAAUUUAAAACAACCAAAUAAAUUAUGAAUGUACAUUUAAA